AUGAGCUAUCCCACUUGGCAACUUAACACAGCACAAUAUGUGUCAUUUUGUUUUAUUUGCGUGCUUGAUAUCGAUAAACCUAUUUGCACCGGUGGUGGACGGGAACUCAUGGGCCCAUUGCCGUUUGGACUGUCAAAACGCGCGAAGAGAAAGAGCAGGUUGCAGCGGCAUACUAGGCGGCUGCGCAUGGCAGCAUCAACUCAGACAGUGCAAUAG